UAGAUGCAUCACGGUAAGCAGCCGGGCCAAUCAAAGCUAAAUUAUUCCGCUGCCUCUAAUAAAGAAUUCGUUCAACGUAGAGGUACAGCCGACGGAAAGAUCCCAGACAGACUCACGUGAAGGUGCCGUUGUCGGCGAAGUAAAACAGGUGGCACCUCCCCCUUGGCAGGUCGCAAGUGAUGGCAGGCAUGAGGGAGGGGCCCUGGAGUGCCCUGAGCAUGGGGAAGAAGGUGGCCCUUGCCGUCGGAUUCCCUAUUGGGGCCACGGUUGCCUACGUCCUCUUUCAUCGUUUCAGACGUGGCGGCGCUCAGAAGGAAGGUACUGAAGAGUCCAGAAUGACCAUCCCUCUGGAAGUGUAUAGAUCCAUUGUCAGACACCAGGGCUCCUUCCUGGACCUGGUGGGCCAACAGACAGGUGCACAUUUGAAGAUGUUGUCAGAGCCUGGGGAGAAGAGUUUUGCAUGCUUCUUGCUGCAGGGUUCUGCUGAGCAGGUGUUCCUGGCGAAGUGUGCGCUGGACAAACUAGCCUCUGACUGUGAGGUCAUCACUGAUGUUAUGGAGGUGCCCCAGACUGCCUUUGGUCGAAUCAUAGGGCGUGGAGGGGAGUCCCUGAAGCUGAUUUGCCGGACCUCAGGAGCCAGAGUAACUUGUCCACGGGAUAGGGGCCGCAAUUUGGGAGAGAAGGGCAAAGUCUCCAUAGUGGGAACACGGCGUGAGGUGCAAAAUGCGAGGGAGAUGAUCAUGGAAAAGGUCAUCGAGAAUGAGGAGGUACGCCGCCGUAUCUCUCAGUCCUCUUCUCUCCGCCAAAAGAGGAGGCCUCCUGACCCUGCUGAGGUUCAGAGGAGUAAGCAGGCUGAGGUGUUGCUAAAAAAGGACCUUCAUGAGGAGGAAUCACAGCCUUCUCAAAGCAAAGCAAAGAGCAAAGGACUGGUGCAGGUCAAUGGUACCACAGGGAUUCCAGACAGUGGUGCGGUUGUAGCAGAAGAGUCGUCCAGCCCUGAAGAGAAAGGGGAUCACACACCAGUGUCUCCUGCAGGGGUGUCCAAGUUUGAAAUCCCCAGCCCUGACCUGAGCUUCCAGCCCGAUGAGCACCUGGAGGUGUAUGUGUCAGCAGUGGAAAAUCCACAGCACUUCUGGAUCCAGAUCCUGGGUGUUCGAUCGCUGCAGCUGGACAAGCUGACUGCUGAGAUGAAUCGCUUCUACAGUACUGGCACUCCAUCUGAGCAGAAAGUCCAGGCAGUUGUUGUCGGGGAUAUUGUGGCUGCCCCCUACCGGGACCAUGGCACCUGGAACCGGGCGAGAGUACUCGGAGUUCUGGAGUCUGGUCUUGUGGAUCUAUACUAUGUGGAUUUUGGAGACAAUGGCGAGCUGCCCCCAGAGAGCCUUCGGCGCAUGAGAAGUGACUUCUUGAGCCUUCCCUUCCAGGCAAUCGAAUGCAGUCUGGCUGGUGUACAUCCUUCAGGAGAGACCUGGACAGAGGAGGCUCUCAAUGACUUUGACCAGCUGACAUACUGUGCUCAGUGGAAACCACUGCUUGCAAAACUGUGCAGUUACUCCCAUUCUGAGAUCUCUUCCUGGCCCAGUGUCCAGCUCUAUGAUAACAGCCACGGGAAGGCGCUGGACCUGGGUGAGGAGCUCAUUGGAAGGGGCCAUGCAGUACGCCACCAGGACUUGGGUGAUGGAGGGCUCAGGGGUGACCGAGAUGACCCGGGUUCACUACAGAAGAUGCUGGAUGAUGUGACUGGAGCCACCUCAGAACUCAGUCUCUCCUGUAUCAGCCUAUCAGAAGUUGCCUCAAUCUCAGGAAGCGUGGAUGAUGUCAUUGAGGAUGAAUCCAUCUAAAACCAAAGACAAACUGUGUUGCCCGCUUCGCAAAACUGCCUUCUGGACAGUGCAGCAGCCUUGCAUUGUGACCUUUGACCUGUGACCCCCUGAUCGAGCCCCCUGUCCCAACCCAUGCCGCAAACUACUGCAGAGAGGGGGUGCAUCCCAAACUUCCCUUUGUUCACAACUCCUUUGAUCACUUCGGAUCACUGAUCAGUGCUGAGCAUGAUAGGCAAUAUGUGGAGUUGAUCAUCACUGAUCCAAGAUCAGAAGAUAUUGAGAAGAAAAAGGAUGAAGGCAGUUGGACAGAAUGCAACCUGGAUGUCCUCUCUUGGGGCCUUCAAGCAAGCAUGAGCGUAGACCUGAGCUCUUUUUCCAUGUUAUAUAUGUUAUCUUUGUCACAUUUCUGUGUGUGUGCGGGGAAAUGUGCAUUUCCAAAGCCACUGUUCAUUUGUAAACCAUUAAGUUCAGUUGAUGCUAUUAAAGCAUAAUAGUUCAAGGUGUCGUCUUUUCCAUCAUUUCUACUUUUGUACGUGCACAGCCUUACAAUCUGGUCAUUGCUCAGGUUUUAAUUUUGGUUGCAGAUUGUUGUCAGGACACUUGUGUGUCCUACUGUACA